AUGGAUGACGACGACGAUGAUGAUGAUGACGAUGAUAAUCAUCAUCAAAUAUACUUUAAUCCAAUAAUAGCUCAUCCUCCUGUUGUUAAUAUCAGAUUUGUUUGUCGACAAUGUCCACCACAAGCUGCUGCAGCCAUUGUACCGGCUGGUGGUUUUCAAUGUCCGGUAAAUCAAAACCAUAUACUUUGUCAAUGUUGUGUACAACCAAUGCCAGAUCGACGUGAUGAAGCUGAUAUUCAUCAACAUUGCGAGAUAUGUAAACAAUUUUUUUGUAAUAUUUAUUUUCAACAAUGUUCACGAGUGGGAUGUCUUGGAUGUUUAAAUCAUUUACGAGAUUUUAAUUUUUCACAUCAUCAUCUGACAAAUUUUGUUAAUGAUAAUCCUGUUGAAUCACAAAUUGUUCAAGUAAGCGCAUUACAAGCAGGUAAAAGUGUUACACGUGAAGUUUGUCUUGUUAAUCGAAGUCGUGCACGUAUAUCUAAUUGUUAUGUUACAUUACUCUCUUCGGAAAAUAAUACUGUUCGUGAAACUCUAACUAUUCAACCAACAACUCCAAUAUCAUUAAAAGCUCGAGGUGGUACAACAACAGUAUUGGUUAAAUUUACACCUCGUUCACGUUUAGCACCAUUUGUCGAACAAAUCUUUUUAAAAUAUGGUGAUUUAGAUGUUCCAAUGUUUGCUGUACGUGGUUGUUGUCAAGGUUAUGAUAUAACACUUGAUUCUGAUACACUUCCAUUUGGUGCUGUUGGUAAAGAUUGUUCAUUAACACGUAAAAUUAUUCUAUCCAAUCGAGGUGAUAUUGGUGCGUCAUUUUCAUGGAAUCUUACUCAAUUACGUGAUGUACCAUUUCGUGUAUUACCAACAAAUGGUUAUAUUGCACCAGGACAAGAAACAACAAUUGAAUUCGUUUUUCAACCACGUACAAUUCGACAUGAUAUACGUUGUGAUAAACUUGAAUGUCGAUUAGAAGGAACACAAUCUGUUUAUGUUACAUUAAGUGGUUCAUGUAUUGAAGUUGCACCUGCACGUGAAACAAUUGUUAUAUCAACAGCUGUACGUUCAAAAGAAUUAUCAAAAUCAAUUGUUUUAAAAAAUAAUACAAAUACAUUAUGGACAUUAACACCUAUAAUAAGUGGAGAACAUUUUUCUGGACCAGAAACAGUUAUUAUUGAACCAAAUUCAACAAAAAAUUAUGAAUUAAAUUAUUUACCAUUAACUGAAGGUAGACAUAAUGGUACAUUAUUUUUUCCAUUACCUGAUGGAAAUGGUCUUCUUUAUAAUGUUGUUGGUAAUGCUGAUGCACCACGUGCAUCAGGUAAAUUUUUGCGUGAAGUUCCUUGUAAAACACCAUAUACGGAAUUAUUACCAAUUGAAAAUUGGUUAAAAAAACCACAACGUUUUCGUGUAACACAUGAAACAAUUAAACAAGAUCGUCCAGAAGUUGCAACAACAAUAAAAUAUCUUGAAUUUAUUGAUGUUGCACCUAAAUCUAAACGUGAUUUUAAACUACAAUUUUAUUCCUAUAAAGAAUGUAUACAACAAAUAAAAGUUAUUUUUAAAAAUGAACAAACACAAGAAUAUAUUUGGUAUGAUAUUACAUUUAAAUCUAUUGUCGAUAAACGUAAUGCACCAACAAUAGCAAAUAUUGAUUUAACUACACAUGUACGACAACAAACAUCACAUGAUAUUAUUCUUGAUAAUCCAUUGCCACAUAAAGUUACAUUUCAAGGUCAAUGUUCACAUCCGGAUAUACUUUUACCACCGGAACAAGUUUCUAUUCCAGCUAAUUCUCAAGGUUCAUUCAAUUUUACAUAUAUGCCAUUAAAAGCAGGCAAAGUUGAAACUCGUCUUGAAAUGAAUUCUGCUGAACUUGGUUUAUAUACUUAUAUGUUAACAUUAAAUGCACUUCCAGCACGUUCUGAACGAACAUUAUACUUUAAAGCACCAUUAGGUAAUUUACAAGUAUUAACAGCUAAGUUUACAAGUUAUGCUCGUACAAAAACUGAUUAUGUUUGUAAAAUUGAUCAUCCAGAUUUUAUUGUUGAUCGAACUGUAACAGCAGCACCAAGUUCAUCACCAUCAACAAUGGAAGUUAGUGUUGAUGUUACAUAUGAACCAUCACAAUUAGGUGAUGUACGUGCAACAUUAACGAUUAGUUCACCAUCAAGUAGUGAUUAUACAUUUCCAUUAGUUGGUCUUGGUGAAUUACCAAAACCACAAGGACCAUUUACAAUUAAAGCUGGUAGUAAUACAACAAUAACAUUUAAAAAUAUAUUUGCUCAAGCAUUAACAUAUACAUUCAAUGUUGAUAAUCCACUUUUUCAUGUAACAAAAGGUCAAGAAUUAAUUCAAGCAAGAAAAUCUCAUAGAAUUGUUGUUUCAUUUGAUGGAUCGGAUACAACAAAUAAAGCUGAUGUUAUGGCAAAAUUAAUUGUUUCAUGUCCAAAAACGACUGGAUCAACAAAUACAUCAAGUUCAAGUGAUUAUCUCACAAAUAAUAAUAAGACAAUACGUGAUUUACUUAUUGAAUGUUGUGAUCGUCUUGAUCGAAAUGAAUUUACUUGUCCUGGUAUUGAUCCUAAUGCUGCUGUUCCUUCAUCAAAAGUUGUUUGUUAUAAAUGUGGUUUAAAAAUGUUUAAAGAAUUAGCUUAUCAAUUUCGUGUUCAUAUGAAACAAGAUGAUGUAUUUCCUGUGAUAAUGCGUAAUCGUGAUAAUUGUUAUUAUGGUAGAAAAUGUCGUACUCAAUAUACAAAAAUUGGUCAUGCACAAAAAUUAAAUCAUGCUUGCGAACAGACAAAAUUUUAA